GUCAAUAUAUCAAUUUUGCUUCCCUAAAUUGCAACUCAGAUCCAAAUGGUCACCUGAGCCCUCCAGGCAUGUUGUUGUAGGCAACUCUCCAUUGUUAUUGACAGUUGGUGCACUCAGCACCAACGAAUGUGAACCAGGCAACACAUUUCUCUUGCCAUACUGCAGCGUGUGGACAUUGUAAAAUUUUGUUACAGAAAAGUUAGGAGCAAGUACCCAUUUUAAAAUAGAUUAACAGGGUUUGGCUUGUACAUAUAGAGGCAGGACUAAAAGCAGCACUAGACUUAAUAUCUCUGGCAGGUUAGGUAAAUCUGUCUGUUUUCCUAUUAGAAAGGGCAGUUUUAAAACUAGCGCUGCUUCAUCACCUUAACAAAACAUUGUAUUGGUAUUUGGUGAAGCAGUACUGUUUCAUAUAUAUAUUUCCCGCCUGUACAUGGACUAUGAAGAGGAUGAUGAUGUCUCCUUUGCAAAAUGGAUGAGCAGUUUCUGGGGACAUAAUGUGCCAGAUGAAAGUGACAACGCAAGUAGAUCUCACAAGAAAUGGCAAACAAGAUCCCUCAUGGAAAGGAGAGCCUCCCUGCCGGCUAAACUUUCUUCUAUUCAUAUGACAAGAAUUCACGAUUCUCCCAAGAUCCCAUCACCAAGCCACCUGAGGGAUUACAAAGAAAUGCGAGAAGACCAAGAUUCAAAAGAUACAAAAUGGCACUUUCAUACAAAAGCAUGCAAGAAGUCCUCAAAUGGCAGUUUUUCCCAGGGGGCAAGUGGACCAAACAGUCGCUCAAAUUCCAUCCUGGAGUUUUCAGAAUCUUUUGAGAGGCAGCUGCAUUUCAAAAACAAGCGCUCAGUUUCUUUGGAACCUGAAGGAAUGAAACAGAGGCGAGAGAGAGAGAGACUGCGUAGUCACAGGAGCAGGUCCCAUAAGAAAAUGGGAGAAAAGAAGGAACCCAAGAAAGAGCAAGUGGUAGGAGAUAUUAGUGUGGAGCUCCCAGCCGAAAAACAUAGUUAAUAACUGAUAGUAUGUACAGGCAUAAAGAGAGAUGUUAUACUUUUGUAUUAAAAUGGAUUAUAAAAUAAGAUUUGAGAUUUAGCUUUUAUUCUAUACAGUAAUCAGUCUUAGAGUAGGCCAUAGCUACUAAGAUAAAAAUAAUUUGUAUUACUUCUUUAAAACUUCGCACUUAAAUUGGUGAGUUAAUGUUUUUAUCAUUAAAAUAUGGGAUGUUAGCUUUUAUCAAAAUCAAAAUGAGCAAUUAAUCAUAUACAACUUGUGAAUACGGUAGAUACAUGUGCUCAUUUAUAAGAGAGAAUAUAGUUUUGCAAAGCCACAUGAAAAUAGCUUGGGUUAAAACUGGAAGCUCAGAAGAGUUCAGUAGGUGGCUUGUGGAGGAGAAACCCCGCCCCCACCCCCUGCAAUCCUGAAAUCAGGUUUCACACUAUACAGUCAAUUGCUGCAAAAUUCUGAAUAGUCCUUAAGUUAUUUCACAGAUGAGAAAAUAACACCUAUAAAGUCAUUAUACAAACAAAUUGGGUAUUUCUUCGAACUUUUUUCCUGCCUGUAUCACACAGUUGAUCUGCCUGUAUGUAUAUUUUCAAUAAUUUCAACAUAUUUUCAAUAUUACCCCAAAUCUAACAAAAUUCUGCUACAUAUUAAAGUGCUACAAAAAGAGUAACCACAAAUUCAUUGCUUCCAAUUAAACCCAAUGAUGUGGAUCCAACCAUCCUUCAACUGGUCUACCUCCAGCCUAGGGAAACUUCCUCCAAUUUAAGCAGCAAUUCUUCCUACAAAAAAGCCACCUAAAUUAGGGGAAGGCUUCUUAGACUGCAGGAAGUCCUCUGACUUGAGUUAAAAGGAAAGGUGAGGUAUAAAUAUUUAAAUAUAUGAAUAUAUUUUGCUUUGUGGAAGGGUAGGGUAGGAAUAGGAACUGCCUCCCAUCUCUUAUUCUGUUAUGGCACCUGUUAUGGCUAUAUCUUUAAACAGGCAUUGUUCUUACAUGCCCAAUUUAUAUAUAAGUGGACUCAUGAGACUACCGCGUCACUUGUAGUUUGGGCCGCAAUUAUCAUUUACUUAAGUUCUGUUAUACCUUUUCAGCAUGUUAUAAGCUAAAUAUAUUUUCCAUCAUUCUAGAUGACCAUGGCCCUUAUCCCACAAUGAAACCAGAGUACUGAUUCCUGUACUGGGAAGCAAGUAAUUACUUCACCCUUGGCAAUCAUAUUAGUUAUAUAUUCAAGUUCUAUAAUAAAAACUCAGUCAAUUAGAUUCUCAACAGGAACUGUUAAACUGUUAAAACAAUUGUUAAAGGAAGGAAGGCCAAUGAUGAGACUGUGAAAAAGGCCCAGUGGUGCUUCUCCAUUAUUUUCAUUUUCAUAUUUGUCAUUUGUAAAUUUAUUUUAAAGUGGAAACAUGGCAUUAUUACCUUUCUCUGAAAAACUGUUUUUUAAAAUUACAUUAUUUUACUAUGUAUGAUAAUUAUUAAAACAUAUUAUUUUAUUUUGAAGAGUGAUGAAGUCGUAAAUGUCUUAGCAAAACAUUUUAUUAGUUGCUGUGUAUGAUAUUUUCUCACUUAUAUGAUAUAUUUCACAUUUAAUAAAUAUCAGUUUCAAAAUUAAAAUAUGCUGUAUCCAA